UUUAAGUGAGUCAUUUAACAGUACAAUCUUGCAAGUUAGGGACAAACCUAUCCUCACAAUGUGUGAGUGGAUUAGAAACUACUUGAUGAAUAGGAUUGUUAAUAAUUUAGAAAAGCUAAGCAAGUGGAAUCACAAUAUUAUGCCAAUGCCUAGGAAGAGGCUAGACAAGGAAGUCUCAAUGAGUGGUCAAUGGCUCCCUACUUGGAGUAUGGGUGACAUCUGGCAGGUGCAUCACCCAUUCAAUGGUAAACAGUUUAUAGUUGAUCUUGGGAAAAAAACAUGUUCAUGUUGUUUUUGGGAACUAGUGGGUAUACCAUGUAUGCAUGUUGUCUCUGCCAUGAGUUAUCAAAGUUUGAAUCCAGAGUCAUAUGUAGAUGAGUGCUAUACUAGAGAGGCAUAUCAAAAGUGUUAUGAACAUAAUGUGAGCCCCAUCAAUGGGAUGGACAUGUGGCCAUCAGUAGAUGUGGAAGAUAUGCUGCCACCUAUGUUUAAGAAAGGACCUGGUAGGCCAAAGAAGUUAAGGUUUAGGGAACAAGAUGAGUCUGGUUCAAGAAUGAGAAGGCCUGGUAUUUCAUAUAGAUGCACAAAGUGUGAUCAGUUUGGGCAUAACUCAAGGAAAUGCAAAAGCAAGGAACAAAACCCUAAUGCACUAAAGAGAAAGAGAAAGGCACCAAGAGCCAAAGCUGCACCUGCUGGAAAUGAGGAAGAUCUCCCUGCUGAAAAUGAUGAAGCUGCACCUAUUGGAAAUGAGGAAGCUGCACCUACUGGAAAUGAGGAGGCUGCACCUAUUGGAAAUGAGGAAGCUGCACCUACUGAUACUUAUGAUGAUCCUAACAUAGAUGCUGCAAUUGAAGCUAUGCUGCAACAAGAAGAAUUAUCACAAGUCUGCAAUCCCACACCCUCUACAGAUGUUCAAGCUGCAACAGUCAAUCUUGCUCCUGCAUCACAUGGUCAAACUGAAACAACAACCAUAGCAGCUGAUCAACCUAAGUCUACUGCAUCUGUUGCAAAAAAAAAAGAAGAAAAAAGCAUCUGUUCACAAGCCUAAGAGGAAGAGGGUUAGUGAAAGGAUUAAGAUUUUGAAGAAUUCAAGGCAAAUUAGUGGGCCAGGCUCAACUUCAGAUACACCAUUGGUACUUGAUGAUGCGGAUGAAAAAUGGAAGGACAUUGCAAGAAGAAUGACUCAGUAGUUUAUUUGUAACUUUAUGGCAUUAGGGGAAAUCAUUG